UCUAAGGGUUAACAUAACAUGAUGUAAACUGUUUCAUCUGUUCUUCCUACUUGCCUGUUUUAAUCAGAAAUGAGUAAGUCGAGCUUAUAUGCACUGAACUUGAAGAAUGCUAAUGGGAUGUCUGCAUCGUGUUGUACUCACAGUACUUAUGCCAGAAUAGGAAAGCCUUUAAUUCUGUAAUUCUCUGAGGCAAGAAAGGCUUUCUGAAGAGUUACUUUAAAUUUAAACUCUCAUUCUAAUGUUAGGCAGCCUGUUGGAUCUCUGAGUUAAAAAUUGCUUCGGCUUUAGUUACUAGAGCCAGAUGUAACAUUGACCUUAAAUGGUAAAAGCUCCCCAGAGUGAAGAGAGGCUGGCCUCAGGGAAAAAGAGGAAUAACUCAAGUUUUAGGAAGCUCCUGCCUAAAGCAUUCCAGCCAUCAGACUGCUGAAUAUUCAUUAUCCUUUCCUCACCUGUGCUGCAGGGCACUAUGCUGACCUUGAGAGUUCCUGACCUUAAAUUCCUCUGAUAGAGCAUUCGAGGUCAAGUGCCAAGCUAUCAGUGGGGAUGGAGUAAAGCACCUUUAUCUGAGCCUUCGCUGACACGGGACUCGGCCGUGACUCACAGAGGGUGCAAAAGACUCGUGCAGACUGAGAUUGUAGAUCUUCACCCACAUCCACUCUGCCUGUGACAUCCUGCAGAUCACAAGGCCUCUCAGAGCUUAUGCCUUCAGGCUGACUUGAAACAACCACUGCCAGCAGUGCAUGGUCCUGUUAGUGCCCAGUGCAGCUCCACGUGCUUCACGCUGCCCACCAUGCCAACCUCACCUGAAGACAAGGGACAAGCACAAGAGGCACAGCACAACAGUUCUCCUCCAGCCAAAGACACUAGAGCUGAAGGGACAACAUGCAGCACACCUCCUUCUAUUGUUCUUCCAGAGAAUGCUGUUACACCAGAUUCAGAAAUUGAUAAAAAUCUGGUUAACAGGUCUCGUAGUCCUCAUAGGAGACAUUCUAACCGUGCCAAUAGGAAUUCAACAAGUUCAUUGACUUCUGUUGACAACAGUGGGCACGUGAUUGACCUGGUAAAUGAUCAGCUACCAGAUGUCAAAAUAUCAGAGGAAGACAAGAAGAAGAACCUUGAGUUACUAGAAGAGGCAAAGAAAGUGAGUGAGAGGUUUCUGAUGCGCAGAGGCAGAAAGUCAAGGAGCAGCCUCCCGGAGUCACCCACAGCAGUUUCCCCUACUCUUAGUCCUAAAGUUUCACCAGUAGCAUCUCGGAGUAACUCUCUCACUCUUCCAGUUCCAUCAGGGUCUGAUGCAUGCACAACCACUAGUAUUGAGUCACUGUCUCCAGGGCAGAAUAACAGAACUGUGAAAGAGGAUGACAGGCAAACUGCAGAGAAUGCUGCAAAAGGAUUAAUUGAUCGAAGGCAGAAUGAUCAAAGAAAGAUUUCUCAGGGAAGGUUGGUUCCUCGUUCUGCUGGUUUUGAAAACUCCAAAGAGAAGCUCUCUGACCAAAAAGAAAACUUUGAUCCACGUAAACAUAUGGAUACUUUGCCUAAAUGCUCCCCUUCAGGUGGUGAUGGUGGCAGAAUGUCUCUUAAUACUUGCGUGAAUGUUUGUGAAAAUGAACUUGGAAAAUCAUUCCUCAAGAAAGGAAAAGAAAAUGAUGUUCCUUUAAGAACCCAUCUACCAGGACCAGGGAUAGGAAGUAUGGACUCAAAGCUAAAAAUGCCUGUUCCAGAAAUGAGGGACCAUAAAGUUUCAUGUAAACCAGAAUUUAAACUGUGUGGACUGCGUCCUCCUCUACUACGGGCUGUGUCAUGGGACAGCUUGGAGCCUGGGCAGAAAGAGAAAACACCUUCAAAAUUACCAUCUGAGGAAGAUAAAAGCUUUGCUGGUAAUAAAUCCAGCAAUCAGUUAAAAGCAUUCAAAGACCUUCAAAUCCAAGUUCAACCAGUUCGAAUGCAGAAGUUGACAAAGCUCAGAGAGGAGCAUAUUCUGAUGAGAAAUCAAAAUUUAGUUGGACUUAAACUUCCUGAACUUAGUGAAGCAGCUGAACAGGAAAAAGGCCCUUCACCUCUCCCUUCCCCCACUGAAGAGGAAGAGCCAAAGAAUAGCUCUGAUGUCAUGCCCAGCAUUCCCGAUGUAUUGCUGCGAAAACUCCGAGUGCACAAAUCACUUCCAGGAAGCUCCCCUCCACUUACUGAAAAAGAAGUUGAGAAUGUAUUUGUACAACUUUCCUUGGCCUUUAGAAAUGAUAGUUACACGUUGGAAUCUAGAAUUAGCCAAGCAGAGAGAGAGAGAAAUCUUACAGAAGAGAAUGCUGAGAAGGAACUGGAAAACUUUAAAGCAGCCAUUACGUCCUCAGCUCACCUGUGGCACCACUAUGAGCACAGGGAAGCUUACCAGAAGCUGCUGGAGGACAUCGCUGUCCUGCGGCGUUUGGCUGCCAGGCUGUCGAGUCGCGCAGAGAUGGUCGGAGCCGUUCGCCAGGAGAAACGCAUGUCAAAGGCAACAGAAGUAAUGAUGCAGUAUGUGGAAAAUCUGAAAAGAACAUAUGAAAAGGAUCAUGCUGAACUAAUGGAGUUCAAGAAACUUGCCAAUCAGAAUUCUAGCAGAAGCUAUGGUGCAUCUGAAGAUGGAGUGCCUCGUUCAUCUAGAUCCAUGUCUCUUACUGUUGGAAAGAAUAUGCCCCGGAGGAGAGUCAGUGUUGCGGUUGUUCCUAAGUUUAACUCCUUGAACAUUCCUGGUCAGUCACCAACAGCUUCACCUAUACCUUCAAUGCCAUCCCUGUCUGAAUCACCUAGUAAUGGAAGGAGCAGCCUAACAUCUAGUCCUGCUCUGCCAGCACUUCUAGAAAAUGGAAAGUCUAAUGGAGAGCAUGACUGUGAAACCUCUACUUCUGUGCUGUCACAGAGCGGGUUGGAAGAGAUCAGCCCUGAAACUAAAGCCAAGAUAGAAGAGGAAGCAUAUAACAAAGGCUAUCAGGAAGGCUUGAAGAAAACCAAAGAACUUCAAGAACUGAAGGAAGAAGAUGAAGAGACACCCAAAGAAAGUCAUGAUGAACAUGAAGAAAGUGAAAAUGAAGAUGAGAUUAAAAACCUGAAAAGCAGCAGACUUGAAGUCAUCAUUAACUAUUUAUAUAUACUGUACCCCAAACUGUGCAAACACUGGAACGUGGUAUGGCUUGUAGUGGCUGCAAUCAUCAUUUUUGCUGUGGUGUUGGGAAUCUACCAUUCCUACAACUCCUGCGACGAGAAGUCCGAGGGAGCUGAAGGGAAGGCCAGCUGCUCUGCUGCCCACCAGUAUUCCUGGUGGAACUCAGGAUUUCGACAUGAGCAACGCACUGAAUAAUAAAGGAACAACCACAUAUUUCUGGUACCUGAGCAAGUUUGCAUAUUAGACCACUGUUGUUAAAGGUAGUGCUUAGUCACCCCUACGGCUGUCACACUUGAGCUGUCAGACAAGUGAGUUGCUCCACACCCCCAGGUCUGGGGAUGCAGGGUGAACACAUCUUGCCAAGAUGAAAAUCUGAUGAAUAAUCCUGUCAGUCCUCUUGUUGUAACUGACUGAUACAAAUAAAGUAAUGUGGAAUCAUGA